ACAAAGCGUGCGUGCCCCGCGCCCUGCAUCUGCUCGCCCAGCUGUUGCCGCUGCAGCUGGCGCGUGCCGUCCCGCUCUAACGCAGCCGCCCCGCGCGCGCCCGAGCGAGACAGCCGACGCCCAGUGUAACCGCGUCGGGCCCUAUUCCCUGUCCGCUCUCGCGGCGCAGUCUGCAUCCCGACACCGUCAGAUUAACUAUGACGAACAAACGUAAGCGCGAGGCCGACGAGCGGCGCGCCAAGCGGCAGCGGCUGCGGCACCGCGCCAGCAGCGAGCCGCUCAUGCACGACACCGGCAGCGCUGAGAAGAAGCAGGCGCUCAAGCGGCUUUUCGGGAGGAUUUGCUCGGUGGAUAACCGUCCUGAAGAAGAGGAAGAGCCGGAGUUGUAUUUCCCAGAGGUCGGGGACGAGAACGAGGACCCGCUUUUGGACUCGGUCCCGGUGGACAUGGACCCGGAGCAGCUGGGGUUCCUGGUGUGCGCGCAGGAGACGCUGCGUUUCCUGCACGGCCGCGGCAUACCUCCGAACCACCCGAUGUUCGCCCGCCUGCGCUCGCGCCUGCUCCAAGGGAUCGGCGAGAUGGCGGCUGCCUGAGCAAUGCUUGGCCCGGAGCCUCCCCGCAAGUAAACACCUAUCUACCAAGCUAAUCAGUGUUUCUCAGUGUCUAAGUGUAUCUUGAAAAUUCCAAAAAUUCUUUGGAAGGCUCGGCGAGUGUUGAAGGACGAGAUGGUAUUAUAUUCUUAAGACGUAUUUAAAGUUCCGGAGCAACAGGUGGCCCGCCAGGGCAAUCUAGUCACUAUCUAGUCAGUUAUAAGGAUUAUUAUUUAAGCAAAAAUAUACCUAUAUUAUAAUGUACUAUCGAAUUUGAAAUACGUCCAAUCAAUAGUGUCGGGCUUUAUUACUCGUAUUUUUCCAUCCUCAUUCGGCGGCGAUAGUUUUAUGGAAGGAUUCGCUUUUUGUGGCUAUAUUAUGUAUGUGUACAAGUACUUUUUUCACUUUAAAAUGUUGUCAUUUCUAUAAAUCUAUGAUACCUUUUAUCUUACGUCCUUUUACUGUAAUUGUACUCCCUGAUUUAGGUAUGUAUUGUAAUGUAUUCUUCCUUUCAAACGCUACUUCUGUACUUGAUAAUCAUUUCGACCAUGUUUAGUUGAAAACAAAACUCUAUAUUAAUGUUUUGUAGGUAGUAUGCAUACCUAUAUGUAUAAAUUAAAAUUUUAUUAGAAUA